GGCGCUCGGGGCACGGCCCGCAGUGGCUCCUCCGGGCCUGCAGGCGGCGGUGUGGCCCCUGCGCGGGUGACGGCGGAAGAGCGAGGCCGCUCCGUCAGGCCUGGGGAGGAGACGGCCCCGACCCGCGCCUGCGCCGCGUCUCCGCCAUGGCUCCCGCCAGGGGAGUGCUGCCCCGGCUGCUGGGUGCGGGUGCUUGGCCCCGGUCACGCUGGCUUACUUUCCUCAAGUCGAGCCCCGCGCUAGCUCCGCCCAGCUCCAGGACACUUGGAGGCGCCGCAGCCCCUGCGGUCAGAGAGGCUGAAGACAGGAGCGAGUUCACUGACAAGAUUUUGAAUGAGCCCCUUAAGCACUCAGACUUCUUCCAAGUGAAGGAACUGUUUUCUGUCAGAAGUCUCUUCGAUGCCCGAGUGCACCUGGGACACAAAGCUGGCUGUCGGCACAGAUUUAUGGAGCCGUACAUUUUUGGGAGCCGCCUGGACCAGGACAUCAUUGACCUGGAGCAGACGGCUGUGCACCUCCAGCUGGCCUUGAAUUUCACUGCCCACGUGGCCUACCGCAAGGGCAUCAUCUUGUUUGUGAGCCGCAACCGGCAGUUCUCACACCUGAUCGAGAACACAGCCCGUGACUGUGGGGAGUACGCCCACACCCGCUACUUCAAGGGCGGCCUGCUGACAAAUGCACCCCUCCUGUUCGGUCCCACUGUCCGCCUGCCAGACCUCAUCAUUUUCCUGCAUACACUCAACAAUGUCUUCGAGCCCCACGUUGCUGUCAGAGAUGCGGCUAAAAUGAACAUCCCCACUGUGGGCAUCGUGGACACCAACUGCAACCCCUGCCUCAUCACCUACCCCAUCCCUGCCAAUGACGACUCUCCCCAAGCCGUCCACCUCUUCUGUAGGCUCUUCCGGACAGCCAUCACCCGGGCCAAGGACAAGCGGAGGCAGGUCGAGGCACUAUACCGACUACAGGGCCAGCAGGAGGCCAAGGGUAGGGGGCCAGACCAACCCAGAGGCCUCCUGGGGCCAGUGUGAGCCUCUCUCCUCCCAGACCAAAGCACAGCCACACCUGUCUGUGCUGGGAGUCCCUCACCAGCCCAGGUCCACAGCAUUCCUGGUCCCUCUGGGCAUCUGGGUCCUUGUGAUAAGUGACAGUACUCAGCUAUUUUCUCACUGCAGCAAUCCAAGGUUCCACUUCAGACCCAGGGCCAAGGUGGCUGUAUUUUUUCUGUGAGGAACAGACCACAGAGGGCAGGCGAUAUGUCCAAAACCACUGCUUUCCUAUAGUUGUGACUGAGCUGGCCUCCCUGACAUUAGACCUUCACUAGGGAGGUUUGCUUCCCAGCUUAAGGUUUGUCCGGGGGUUGGGCUGCAUUCCUGCCUGGUUCCAGGGGCUACUGUAUAACAUGCCAUGGUGGGCAAACCCCUCAGAAGCUCCAGCUGAGUUGGGACAGGCCAGGCUAGACAGGUGGCGUGUCCAGCAGAAAUAAAACAUAGAUUUGGGCAAAAUGUGACUUGGAGCUGUGAGUUCUGCCUGCUUGGGCUUGGUGUGACAUUUAUCAGACACCCACGGGGGGUCUCAGGGAACACAUAAGAAGUGUCCCUGCCCUGGAGGGAGAGGGACAAACAAUGUGUGCCAGGCUUCUGGAUGAGGUGCCUCCUUUAGCUCUGGGGCUCUCGACAGGCCCAUGGGCUGGGGAGGCAGUAGCCCAGCCUUCACAGGAGUAGGCUGGCUGUGAUCGCAGAACAUGAGGACAGCGAAGGGCACUUGUUGACAGGGCCUCUUGGUAUCCCUUAAGUGAGGACAGAGUGGUGUGCCUGGGGUAGUCUGUGAUGUCUUCAGGGCCCCUUGUGCUGCUUAGAGGUUAUGCCUCAUACCACCCCCACCCCCGGGCACCCCAAGGAACCUGUCUCUGGAGAGAGCAGGCAGCAGAGCCCUCGUGUGAUUAAGGCAUGUUGUGCCGUGUGGCCCUGCCCUGCCCUGCCCUGCCCUGCAGGGGCAGCAUGAAGCAGGGAGGCUGCUGUCCUCUUGUCCACCCGCCUCCUUGCAGGGAGAAGCAUGGCAGAGGUCUUCACUAGUGCCUGGGGGUGCUACAAGUUCAGGAUUUGAAAAGCUCAGGGAACCAAGCUCCAGUUUGGGCUCAAUGGCUGACCAGAUGCGGACUUACCAACAAGGAAGUGGAGGGGCUGCUCCAGGGCUCUCUGACAGAAUGCUCAUCUUCGCAGGUACAGGUACCAUUUCCCUGAACUGGGCCUCCUGUCCCACAGAGUGGAGAGCUGAGGCCCUGGGAGUCAGACAAUAGAUAAACUCCCUCGUUGGGUGCUUCCAACUGAUGCUCCCAGAACUUGAACUGGGCUUCUGGCUUGCCUGGCCCCUGUGCUCCAUCCCACUGAUGGUUUUCCUGGUCCCCGCACUGGACAGGGCCACUGAGGAUCCACUGAGGGAAGACUAAGGAGUUUUUAUUAGAUGCUUCCAGCUCGGGGGGUGCUAGAAAGACGGUGGGGCAGGGGUGACCCAGUGGACUCAGACCACUUCAGGAAUAGAAAGUAACAGGAACAGGUUGAGGGGGGCAGACCAGCUGAGGGCUCCCUGGGAGGGCCUGAGGGCCCAUUUCUGAGUGAUGGGAGGAGCCAGCUGCAGGUUCUAGGUAAAACGCGGGGUGGGGGGGUGGCCUCCAAUUUUGUACCCUGGAGAUGAACACAAUACGUGUGUUUGUGUUCAGAGAUUGACGAGUUGACCUUAAAUUUAUGAGAUACCAAAACAUUUGCCAAACCUCAAAGUUUGCACUUUUCAUGUCAGAACUUAACUAUAGAGCUGCGUCAGCAGAGAUGGUGCUCCUGGCACAAGGGUGACAGAUCAGUCAAUGGACUGAAGUCACAGUCCCUAAUAAACCCUGGCAUUUAUGGCUGGUUGAUUCUGACAAGAUGCCAAGGCAAUUCAUGCCUCCAGGAUGAUUGAAAAUCCUCAUGAGAAGACUGAUUGAGGCCUACACUUCACAGAAUGCCAAAGAAUUAACUCAAAAUGAUCAUAAAUCUAUAUGUUAGAGCCAAAACUAUAAACCCUCCAGAAGGAAACCAAAACACAGGAAAUCUUCAUGACUUUGAGUUUGCCAGAGUUUUUAGACACAUCACCAAAAGUAUA